AUGAGCCCUGAUCACGGCUUAACAGCAACACAUCUCAGACUGGCAUAUGUGAUCCACUGGCUCCCAUCUUCUCUUGUGGUGCCGUACCGCAGCAGUCAGCAGAUCUACUCCAUCGCACUGUUUUUCUUCUCCUCACUAUCCAAAAUAUCUAGCAUCUGGGCGCCGGUCAGUCUGUUUUUCAUGGCUGGUAAAGAGCGCAGUGUGAAGCAAUGGCAUGCUCUCAUGGAAGGGACUGGAUUCCGGAUUGAAAUAAUUAUCGGGCUGGAUAACCCUGUUCGCAGCAUCAUCGAAGUGGUGUUACAUAAACGGUAUCUUUUCUUUUUGGAUUGUUAG